AUGAAGCUGAUUGCAGUAGCCAUGAUAUAUUACCUCUCAGUCCUUUCACUGAGAGGACCACAGGGUGCGGCUCGGGCAUUCCAACACCGCAAUGUACCAUUUGCACGACGAGCAGCUUCCACGUCGCUAAACGCCAAGGGCAAAGGCGGCGGUGGCGGCGGCGGCAAGAAACCAAAGAACCCUUUUGCAUCCACCAUUUUCCUUCCUGACACUCAGUUUUCACAACGGGCAAACGCAAUCAAGAGAGAACCCGAGAUUCAGAAGUACUGGUCUGAGAUUGAUAUCUACAAAAAGCUUUCGGAAGCGGCACCAAAGGAAAGAUUCAUUCUUCAUGACGGUCCUCCGUAUGCCAACGGAAGUCUGCACUGUGGACAUGCAUUGAACAAGAUUUUGAAAGAUUUCAUCAAUCGCAAGCAAGUGUUGAAUGGAAGACAAGUUCAUUAUAUUCCGGGUUGGGAUUGUCACGGUUUACCAAUUGAAUUGAAGGUGUUGCAAACCAUGAAGAGCAAAGAACGUCAAGCAUUGACACCAAUUACUUUGAGAGAAAAGGCUGCAGAAUUCGCCAAGGCGACUGUCGAACAGCAAUCAGAGAGCUUCCAAAGAUACGGUGUGUUUGGAGACUUUGACAAGCCAUACAUGACGCUACAGCCAGAGUUUGAAGCCGCCCAAAUCAGAGUUUUUGGAGAAAUGUUCAAGAAGGGGUUCAUUUUCCGUGGAAGAAAGCCGGUUCACUGGUCGCCAUCUUCCCGAACCGCUUUGGCCGAAGCCGAACUUGAGUACCCCGAAGGCCAUAUUUCAAAGAGUAUCUACGUCGGAUUUCCAAUCGAUGCUCCAUCAGAUGCCAUUAAGGAAUUCCACUCCGAUGGUAGUCCAGUCAAGGUUGCAAUUUGGACCACGACACCAUGGACCAUGCCAGCCAACAUGGCCAUUGCUGUGAACCCAGAGCUUUCUUACUCCAUUGUGGAAAACGAAAAGUGUGGAAGGCUCAUUGUUGCCACUGAUUUGAUGGGCGCCCUUGCGGGCAAGCUUGGUUUGGAGGAAGAGACCCCAUUCAAUGUUCUCUGCACUGUCACUGGUGCUGACCUUGUUGGGACCACAUACUCGCAUCCUUUGUACGACAGAAUAUCACCCGUUUUGGCCGGAGGAGACUACAUUACUACAGAAUCUGGAACAGGACUUGUCCACACUGCCCCAGGCCAUGGUCAAGAGGAUUACCAAACAGGACUCAAGAAUGGUCUCGAGCUUUUGAGUCCAGUAGACGAUGUUGGAAAGUUCACAAUCGAAGCAGGAGAAAAGUUUGUAGGUAUGAGCGUUCUUGGAGACGGAAACCAGGCUAUUAUUGAUGCUCUGACAGAGGCUGGAGCAUUGCUCAAGGUUGAGGACUACGGGCACAAGUACCCAUAUGAUUGGAGAACCAAGAAGCCAACUAUUUUCAGAGCUACUGACCAAUGGUUUGCUAGUGUUGAAGGAUUCAGAGAAGAUGCCUUGAAGGCUGUUGAUCAAGUUCAAUGGGUCCCAGAAGUCGGAAAGAACCGAAUCAACUCUUUUGUGGUUGGUCGUGGAGAUUGGUGCAUCUCGCGUCAACGUGCCUGGGGUGUCCCCAUCCCAGUUUUUUAUGACAGAGAAACUGGCAACGAAGUUCUAUUGGAUGACAGUACUUUGGAUCAUAUUGAAAAGAUCUUUGCGGAGCAAGGAAGUGAUGCUUGGUGGAAGCUAGACGAGAAGGAUCUUCUCCCUGAUAAGUACAAGGACGAAGCCGACAAAUGGAAGAAGGGUACUGAUACCAUGGACGUUUGGUUUGAUUCCGGAUCCAGUUGGGCUGGUGUUGCCAGCGCCCGCGAGGAACUUGGUUAUCCCGCCGAUCUUUACUUGGAAGGUUCCGAUCAACAUAGAGGGUGGUUCCAAAGUAGUUUGUUGACCAGUACCGCAGUCAAUGGCCAUGCUCCCUACAAGACUGUUCUCACUCACGGAUUCGUCUUGGAUGAGAAAGGUUUCAAAAUGUCCAAGUCCUUGGGUAACGUGAUUGACCCCGUGCAAAUUAUUGAGGGUGGAAACAACAAGAAGUUGGAACCAGCCUACGGAGCCGAUGUUCUUCGAUUGUGGGUUGCUUCUGUCGAUUAUUCUGGUGAUGUCAACAUUGGUCCCAACAUUAUCAAGCAAACCUUUGAAAGUUACCGCAAGCUUCGUAACACUGCCCGCUACUUGGUUGGAAACCUUGCCGAUUUUGUCCCCGAAGGACAACCCAACAGCAACGCCAUCCCGUACGAAGACUUGCCAUCUUUGGACAAGUGGAUGUUGGGUCGUCUCUCUGCCGUCAUGAAGGAGGUUGACGAAGCCAUGGACCAAUACCAAUUUCAACGGGCCGUUCAAGAACUUGUGCGCUUUGCCUCGGCCGACAUGUCCAACUUUUACUUGGAUGUGGCCAAGGAUCGUUUGUACAUUUCUGCCAUUGAUGAUGCCCGACGAAGAAGUUGCCAAACCGUCAUUCAUGCCUUGUUGGAAGGAUUCACCAAGGCAUUGGCUCCCAUUUUGCCGCACAUGGCCGAAGAUAUUUGGCAAAAUCUGCCUUACACCAAGCCUACGGAAAGUGUCUUUGAAGGUGGUUGGCCCGAGGCUUUGACCAAGUUCGAAGACUUUGAUACUGACCAAUGGGACUUUGUUCGUUCGCUCCGUGAUGACGUGAACAAGGUCUUGGAAAGUGCCCGUACUGACAAGUUGGUCGGUGCCUCCUUGGAUGCCGCAGCCUAUGUUUAUAUUCCUGAUGAAGACAAACGCAAGAUGCUUCAAGCCUUGGUCGGUGACGAACACUUGGUAGUCCCUGCCGUCAAGACCAACGGUGUGGACGAACUUCGCACCGUCCUCAUGAUGUCCCAAGUACACCUUGUGGACUCUCCUGAAGCAAUUUCCGAGGCCUGUGAUGAAAAGUACAUGUCGGUUGGUGAGACCACCAGCGGUUGCGUGAUUGGAGUCACCAAGGCUGCGGGCGUCAAGUGCGAGCGAUGCUGGUUCUACGACACCACCUUGGGCGAGGACGAUAGCUUGGCCCAUUCCGAUGUCUGCCAACGUUGCAACCACGCCAUUGAAGCCUGGGAAGAAGCCACUGGAGAAACCUUUUCCAAACCAGUUGUGGAAGAGGAGCAACCAGUAGCCUAA